UGGAGGAGUGGAGCUCGCGCAGGGGGCAGCGUGCCCGCCCGGGCGGCAGUGAGAGCUCGGAGGCUCAGCAGACGGAUGGGCUUAGAACCUUGAGCCCGUGAUCAGCUUAGGCAUCAGAGAUUUGGGCUCCCAGACCAUCUGCUUUCUCCAAAGACUGUCGGCUGCCCGGGGGCUGGGAGGCUCAAACACCAUCUUGUCUGGGCCGGGCAAAAGUGACUUAGAGUGCGCGCUCUUUCUCGGCAGACGGGUCCUUAUUCGAGGGCAGAGAUCGUGUCUCCCCCAUCAGACGGGGAGCCUUCUCACCUCCUGAGACUAGGCGCAGGGUGGAGGACCCGUCUCUCCAGGGUGGGAUGGCCCAGGAGCUCAGUGAGAAGGGGCUGUUAAGGAUGGAGGUGGAGCAGCUGAAGAAGGAAGCAAGGAACCCGAGAGCUCCGAUUUCCAAGACAGGAAAGGAAAUCAAGGAUUACGUGGAGGCCCAAGCAGGAAACGACCCUCUUCUCAGAGGCAUCCCUGAAGACAAGAACCCCUUCAAGGAGAAAGGCGCUUGUAGGAUAAGCUGAUGGCGCCUGAGCCCGUCACCCUGACUGGCCCGUCUCGGCCACGCUCCUCACCCAGAGCCAGCUGUCCCGCGACACCCAGCAAGUCAGUGAAUCCACCCCCUUCUUUUGGUCCCAGAAUGAGUAAAGCUACUUGGCUGCGUGUGUUGCGGAUCCGUCUCCCAAGCCCAUUUUCAAGUCUGUUCUGCCAUUAUUUCCUCUGCCUGCUGAAUCCCUGCUGACCCCACUGGGAACACUGACCCCGUGCGUGGUGGGGUCUGCAGAGCCGAUGAUAUCCUGACACCCCAGGGUGCAGGCCUGAGGAGACAUUUACUCCGCCUUGGGACCUCUCCCAUUCCCCCCUCCACACCCUUCCUAGGGUCCAGCACUUUCCUCAGAGUGGUUCGGAUGGAAGACAGGAGACGGGAGGUCCUUUUCCCCGUCUCAUGUCCAGUCUGAUGGCCUUCCUCCGAGUCGUUUAGAUCGCCCCGGGUGGCCUGCUAACCAAGAGACUAUGAUUUCAUGAUUUAUUUCCUAUGAUUGGGGGUCUGUGGGGCCCCGGGCCGCAGGGAUAAUAGAGUGAGAGGGACUAACGUGGCGCCUCUCUUCGCAGGAUUUAGCAGAGAAGACACGGAACAAAGAGUUUACAGUUAGGCCCUGGACGGGUGGCUCCUGGGUUGGAGUGUCGCCCGCCCAACGUACCAAACGGUUGACGGCUCAGUCCCCGGUGAGGGCAUGCACACAGUUUGCAGG